UAUCCUUUUAUAUUAUCUCUGUUUUUCUUUUCUUCAUUCAUUUCGUUGAUUUAAUUAAUUAAUUUAAUUAAUUAAUUUAAUUAAGAGAUAAAAAAAAAAUCUGAACUUUCUUCUCUCUCUCUCUCGAGCCUCAAGCCUCAAGCCUCAAGCGACCAAUCUAAUUAGGGUUUUUGUGAAUCUUCAUCUUCAUCUUCAUUUCCAAUUAUUCAAUUGCUUCACUCUGUUUUCUCUAUCAGCUCCGAGACCAUGAUUUCAGAUUCGAUCACCAACGCUUCUGCUACAUCAGCUCCAAGCGCGAGGGAUUUCGCAAAGAAGAAGAAGAGGAACAAUAAGUCGGCGGCUAAGAUGAAGCAGAACAAGCUCGGUCUCCGCCGCGAGCAAUGGCUUUCUCAAGUUGCGGUGACCAAUAAGGUCUGUAAGGAGGAGAGGAGUGCCAAGCCUGAUCAGAGAGAUAAGCCAGUGGAGAAUUCUGAUGGGCUGCGUAGAGAAGAGGAUAACAGCGGUGGGAAUGUUGAUGUUGGUAAUGAGAGCUUUAUGGAGUCGCCUUCAAACAGCUCCAUGGCAGGCACUGAUAUAAGCACUAACUUCAGUGGGAGUAGUAGUACCAGCAGUGACUUUUGCUCUGGUAACAUAACUGAAGAGGAUAAUGCAGAUCAUAAUGAUGGUGAAGAGUGUGUGGAUGAUUGGGAAGCUCUUGCUGAUGCAUUAGCUGCUGAGGAAGAGAAUCUCCUCCAUGAGCCUGUCAAGGAGAAAGAGAGUGUUGGACAGUCAGUUUCUAAUGCGGAUGAUUCGGUCAACAGAGAUGCAGAGCAUGAAUGUUUGAGAAUGCCAUCAAGGAAGCAAAAGAGCAAUCGAGCUUGGAGGCCUGACGAUAACCUUCGCCCUCAGGGGCUACCUAAUCUAGGGAAGCAGCUUAGUUUUCCGGAGUUGGACAAGCGUUAUAGCGCUGUCUCGAUUCCGUCUUCAUGUCCCAUCUGCUAUGAAGACUUGGACUUGACGGAUUCGAGUUUCCUUCCAUGUCCUUGCGGGUUCAGGCUCUGUCUCUUCUGCCACAAGACUAUUUGCGAUGGAGAUGGGCGUUGUCCAGGGUGCAGGAAACCAUAUGAAGAACAGAAUGCCAUCAAGUCUGAGACUAGUGUUCAAGGUGGUGGUUUCACUAUUCGGUUGGCUCGUUCUUCUAGCAUGUUUUGCAGGUUUUGAAAAAAAAUGAAAGGUGUGGUUUUGACAAACCCUUGUUGUUUCUCUGUGUUUCAUCCCCGCAUUCUUGCUUUAGGUAAUGUGGGUAUAGUGUUGUCUUUUGGCACUCGAGAACUUUGAUCUUUGUUUUCUUUGUCAUGGAACACUGUGGUGAUGGUGAUGUAGUGUGGUAUGUGAAUACAUAAAAAGGUGGUACAGAAAAUUCAAAUAUAGAGUUUCAAUAA